ACUGAUGGGUGACACUGAAAGGCAGCUCAGAUGGGCACUGAUAUGUGGCAUUGAUGUGCACUGGUAGGCACUGAUAUGUGGCACUGAUGUGGCACUGAUGGGCACUGGCACGAGGCACUGAUGAGCACUGACAGGUGGCACUGCUGGGGCUACACUGAUCAUCAGGGCACACUGAUCAUCAGUGCCCUGAUGAUCAGUGUACAUGUUCCUCCGCGGAAAGCUCGAGAGGAGAGAAAUGCCGAUAACCGGCAUUUCCCUGUUUACAUGCGAUCAGCUGUGAUUGGACACAGCUGAUCACAUGACCGAGCCGACAUCUUCGGC